UGUUGUACAUGUAUCUCUGCUUCACACUAGAACUGAGUCAACUAUUGGCAAAUGAAUGUACACUUGAGCUAAAGUGAAAUUACUUAUCAUACAUAUUACAUUAUACAGAUGAUCUGGUAGUGAAAAAACUUUAACUUUUGAGGCCAAUUUUGGCUGUAUAUAACAAAUCAGCUUUGAGAAAGAAAAUAGCUGUUAUUAUUAAAGUUGUACAGGAUUUUUACAGCACUUGGCAGAAAAGAAAGAAAACCAGCUGUGUUGUUGAAUAGUUCUUGAAAAUAAAGGAAAAAGAUUUCUUAUGGGUGUUGGUCUGUGAAUGUAAGCAGGGAGAAGUUGUUAUGAGUUUGUCUCCAAUGUGAUGCAGGGACAAAAUGUUGUCCAAACCUGCAGUGUUAUCAGGCCCUAAACAGGGGUCUGAUGCAAGGUGUAGCCACCUCAAGGAGUGUAUUGAGGUGAGCAACCCGCUGCAGUGCCCCACCCUGUUGUCCCUGCGACACACUAUGGUGGGGCGUAAAGGACACAGAAGCUAUGAAAUAUUAAAUUAUUUUAACACAGAGCAUUUAUUAUUAAACUCAGGUCUCAGGAACAAUUUCACGGGUGUUUAGUGCGCAAGUUGGCGUGCAGACUGUACAAUAUUUUAUAUAUACCUCAUUCAUCAUGGAUUUAUCGGGGAAAGGGUUUUCCCCAGCUCAUAGUUUUCUUCAGAAUGCCAGUAGUCUUGUAUCCGCCUAUGGUCUUGGAUCCUCAAUGGUUGCCGGACAGACGCCACUGACUACUUCUAUGUUUGCCGGAACAAGUCAUGGGCUCACUAGCCCAGUAUACUCAGGGAGCUUGUCUACUUCACUAUCCCCAUCUCAUACGUCAUUCAGUAAUGGUCACCAUAUUUCUCUCCAUCGACAUUCAGAAAAACAAGACGGGUCAGCAAAAUCACAAAUUUACGCAAGUCCAGCUCCUGUCUUUAACAGACACAAAGAUUCAUUUCCGUAUGGCAUAAGUGGUGUCCCGAUGCCGAAUUACAAUUACCAUGGGGAUGUGUAUCAGUUCACUUCAAAUGGGUACCCUCGUAAAUCUCGAACCUGCAGCUAUUGUGGAAAAGUGUUCACUCGAUCAACAACACGGCGUUAUCACGAGAAACGAUGCCCACUGCUAAGAGCUGCAGUUUCAAGUUAUAUGGGGGACGAAAACUCAGGUACGUCAACGGCUGCGGCAUCAACACAAUCUCGGGGAAGGUCAGCGGAAUUAACUACACAUUCUUUUAAAGGUCCGGGACAGUCACUCGGAUCAUCUAUGUCAGGGAUUAAUCGAUCUAGUGAGCCUCAGGAAUUAGCUACCUCAAUGUUGGCGAAGUCUCCAGCUGGCGAGCGACGUGCCAGUGGUGAUUCAUAUUUAAGCGGGUAUCAGACUAGUGUCAUUGUUAAACAGGAACCUCAUGAACUUGAAGCUUUGGCUAAUAUGGCCUCAGGGGCUUCGGCCUCCUCAUUAAAUAAGAAACAUAUAGUGCAGUCUCAGGAGUUGUCAGAUAGUAUGCUUCGUUUCUCACCUGGUUCUGAAGACUCAGACUAUAGAAUUGACACAAGUGCUAAUGUUUCACCAGGAUAUGAACCUGGUUUAGAUUUAACUGUAUCAAAAUCACCAUCCCAUACCUCAGGUGGUGGUGAAAAUGUUCAUAAAUCAAGUGAUGAUUAUAUUCGUGGACAAUACGGGAAUAAUAAAACAGAAGACAGAACAGAGAUGAGGCAAGAUCGUGGUGUAAUACCGCCACAUCUUGCACCAUUGCGAUUUAAUUCUGAUAGUAGAAAAGAUAGCCAAGAAGAGAAUGAAAUGGAUGUAGUUGAUGACAAUGCGGGUGGUAAUAAUGAAAUGUUUGAUAGUAACGGAGAACUGCUGAAAAGACGGAGGAGCAUCAUAGAUGCAGAAGGUGGAGAAACUGAAUCGGUCACUUCAGACAAAAGAGAUGGAAAAUCGUACAGUAGUCAUAAAUGUGGAAUCUGUGGGAAGACGUUUGAGAAUGCUGGUAAACUGCACCUACAUGAGCAACUUCAUACAAAAUUCAAGCCAUACGCGUGUAAAUUUUGUGGACAGAAAUUUGCCAAGGCUGCACAGAGAAUUGAGCAUGAGAAGACGCAUAAUGGUAUGGAAGUUACCCACAUUUGCGCUGUUUGUGGGUCAUCAUUUACCCGGAAGUACAGUCUCAAACUCCACAUGAGACGUUGGCAUCAGGAAGGCCCAUGGCUGUGCCGCCAUUGUGGAAAGGCAUCUUUGACACAAAUGGAACUGAAGACACACCUCUACUCGCAUAAUCUACCCAAACUGGAGAGGGAGUCCCUGCUAUAUAUGCCAGAUAUACCUCACAAUUAUUCUGCCACAUCUACCAACGUAGAAGAAGCAGAUGGGAAGGAUUACAGUAUGAAACAGGUAUCAGAAAAUGACGGUGCAUCUGGUCCGGAGGUUGGUCUCCAGAGCAUGCAAGAAAUGGAAAUGUGCCAAGAAUGUGGUCGCGAUUUUCCAAAAGGAUACCUUAGGUACCAUUUGAAGUCACAUGAAGCCCAGAAACCUUAUUCUUGUCCCAUCUGCGCAAAACGUUUCGGCUACAAGAACAAUAUGAAGUCACAUAUAAAACUUCAUACUGGUAUCAAACCGUUUCAGUGUAAGAUAUGUGGAGCAAAAUUUACACGUGGCUCAACACUUCGUAGGCAUGCUCGUCGUCAUGGAAUCAUUGCAGAUUCAGUAUGGGAUUUAUUCGUAAAACCGAAUUAUAGUAAAAGUGGCGAGAAUCAAUCUCGCAACAAUAAACUUGAUACACUACCUACCUCAAGAAUGGAUUUGAAUGUUAGUACAGGCAAUCAAUCUUCCACGGGUUCCGGAGCAGGGGACAGUGGAGAACCAAACUACCUCGUUACCACUUUGUCAUCAACGCCCACACAUGGGAGUCUGUACCCAUUGUACGCUAGCCUUGGGCAGAUGCCACCUCAUUUGAGUCUAUACUCGGGCCUGUCAGUUUCUACCUCUUACUUAGCGCCACAAUUACCUCAUUCUUCCAUAUACGCAGCCUCUAGUCAGCGGCAUCCUCAGCAGCUGGAUGCACUAAACCUCAGCUUGAACAAAGCUUCCAAUGACCUCCAAAGUGACCAGUCAAGCUUCUCAAAUGUAUCAGCAGAAAGGUCCCGUUCUAGGUCAAGGUCAUUAAGUGGAUCGGAAUCACAUCGUUACAUACAGGGAGAUAAUGUUAAAAUGGAGGUCAAGGAUGUAGCGAUACAAGUGAACACCUGCUGUGUGCCAGUCCCAAACCAUAAACAGGUGAAGUCUGAUGAAUCUAUCGGGACGCCAGCAAAAACUGAGAACCUUGCUACUGGGUCGAGUACAUCUCCAACACCUCAGUUGCCCAACACACCCUCGCCAUUGGCUGUUGUUCCAUACAUUGUUACCUCCCCUUCUCAGAGACCAUCAAACAUUGAUUCUACCUCACCCGCAUUGUCUGUUUCAUCUGCCAAGGACUACUCUAUGGAGACGAUCUCUUCACUAAUUGGUUCGGGGCGGAUGUUUAAAUGUUUCCAUUGCGAAUGUUACUUUGCAGAGUAUGCAAUGUAUAGGAUUCACUCGAAAAUGCAUAUUAGCGACACAACUCAUCCGUUUGUUUGCAUGGUCUGCGGUGAGGAUUGUCAUGAUAGAGUGUAUUUUGCGCUUCAUCUAGCGGAACAUUUACGUUAACGAAUAUAUUGUUGAAAGUGCAGCACCUACUUUGGUCAGAUAACAUGAUACGGGUUUAUGGAACAUUUUUUAUGACUACAAAUUUUAUUGUGUAUAUAUAUAUAUAUUAUUCUAUCCUGAUAUGUGCUUAGUAAAGUGCUACAAUACAAAGGAGAAGUGUUUUACUGGAAAAACUCUGCGGACUAUGCCUGGAACAGGCUUGGGCAUAGAUAGUUUAGCUCAGUUUAGACAUUUUACACAAUAUCAUCUCUAGAGGCGUUUGAGACAUAUAACUUUGUGUUGUAUUGUAUGUAUCUAAUCAGGGUUUUUAACACUUGUAUGAUGUAGGACUGUAUUUUUUUCUUGAUGUGUACUUGUACAUUUUAUUGACAAAAACAGUUGCCAUAUUAGUUUUUAGAUUUUUUGCUUGUAAAUUUGAUAUAGAGGUGUCAUAAUAACAUUUUUCUCAUGUUUUAUUGUAUGUUUGUGUAAGCUAAUAUAAUUGUUCUUGGUAAGACAAUUUUAGACUAUUUUUGUUCAAUCUUCCAUUUAAAUUUGUUUUUACUUUGUCUUUUUUCACUUCUGGGCCCCAUUUAACCAGGUUUUAUAAUUUUAAACUGUACUGAUAUUGAUUGUUCCACACUUCCUAUUUAUUUUUUAAUAAUGUCAUUUUUUGCAAAGGAAACAAACACUCAAAGGAAACAAAUUAAUCAAUAUUAUAUUUUCCUGAAACACAAACAAAAUCAGGAACAAUUUUUUUAUCUUUUCACUUCAAAAACAAUCUUAAGGUAAUUAAACACUUUAGAUUUAUAAUUUAAGACCUUGCCUGCUUUACUCCGAUUUGCUAUUUAAAUUCAGUCAAUUAAAAACCUUUCCUGACUUGUUAGUUAAAUUAGGGCAGUUUAAAUCUUUGCCUGCUUUGCUUCUUAAAUCCAUGCAAUUUAACAUGUUAUCUGGUAUUUUUGCUAUGUAAAUGCAGGCAAUUUAAAACCUUUUCUGAUUCGUUGGCUGAAUUAGGGCAAUUUAAAUCUUUGUCUAGUUUGCUAUUCAAAUCUAUGCAAUUUAGACCCUUGUCUGAUUUGCAGUUAAAAUCAAGGCAGUUUAAAUCUUUGACUGAUUUGCUAUUUAAAUCAAGGCAAUUUAAAUCUUUGACAUUUGCUAUUACAGGCCUAUUAAGCAAAUUUUGUUAUAUUGAGAAAAUGUUUCCUUCACAAUAUAUAAUUUUACAGUAAUUUGGGAAAAGAUAGAAGUAUAAUUCAAAAAUGAAUAAAAUAAAUAUCAUUUAUUUAAUAUGUAUGAUUUGACAUAGAUAUAUGUAUGAUUGAUGUAUACAUGUUUGAACAAUUUGUUGUCAUCAUGCAUAAUAUGUUUUUAGCUCACCUGAGCAUGAAGUGCUUAUGAUGAGCUAUUGUGAUCCCUCGUCAUCUGUCGUCCAUCCACAUUUUUCUUCAAAUGACAUCUUCUCUGAAGCUGCAGGUCAGAAUUGCACCGAACUUUGUCUGUAGCAUUCUGGCAUGGUCCUCUGAUGGAUCUACAUAAAACUUGGUUACCUCUAAAGUUUGUUCAAGUUGGGGGCGUGGGGAGGGAGGGAUGGGGGCAUGGCCCUUUGUACUGGCCACUAGAGCUAAAAAUAGAAAAAACUUUUAAACAACCUUCUCAUGAAGGUUUUGAUGAAUCUCCAUCAAACUUGAUCUGUAGCAUCAAUUUAAACUUUAUCAAGUAGGGACACUAGAGGUAAAAGUAGAAUAACCUUUAAAAGACUUCUUUUCAUGAACUGCUUGAUUGAUUUUCAUCAGAUUUGGUUUAUACCAUCUUUGUAACAUCCUUUCUGCUUUUGGGGGCCACUAGAGCAAAAAUUAGAAAUACAUUUAUGCAACUUGUUCUCCUGAAUCACAUGAUAGACCUUCAUCAAGCUCUGUCUGUAGCAUCAUUAUAAGGUCCUCCCCCUUUUUUGUUCAAAUGAGUGUGCUUGGUCACUUUUAGGGGCCACUAGAGCAAAAAAUAGGCAUACCUUUAAACAAGUUCUUCUUGUAAACUGCUUGAUAGAUCUUCGUUAAACUUGGUCUGUAUCAUCAUUGUAAGGUCUGCUUCCAAAUGUAUUCAAAUGUGGAUGCUUGGACCCUUUUAGGGGCAGCUAGAGCUAAAAAUAGAAAUACCUUUAAGCGACAUCUUAUCAUGAACUGCUUGAUGGAUCUUUAUCAAACUUGUCUGUAGCAACAUUUUAAGGCCCCUUUCCAGAUUUGUUCAAAUGUUGGGGUGGGCACUACAGUGAAUAUAGAAAUACCUUCAGACAACUUCUUAUAAACCGUUGGAUGCAGAUUACUAUUAUAAAGUGACCUUCCAAAACCCAGUUCUGUGUGUAUUUUUUCCACCAAAUUUUAAGAGGUAUUUAGUAUUUGAACUGUCAGAAUCUGUCACACUUUAUGUUAUCAGCUUCUACUUCCUCUGGAACAUUCAUCUCCUAGAGUUUUUAUAAUCCUUAUCCAAAGUUGCACACUGUCUAGCCUGUUUAAGCUCGAAAACUCAGGUGUGUGAUGUAGGGCCAUCAUGGCCUUCUUGUUUAUAUGACUGAUGUGACAUGAAAACUGAAAAUAAUUCAACCCCUGAUUUUUAAAGAAACCUAAUGUUUAUAUUACUGUACAGGUGGUAUGUUACCAAUGACUUUUUAAAAAUCUUUCUGCAAUCAUUUUGAAAGUAAUUUUCAGUAACAUUUUAUUGCACUUGUUUUAAAUUUCAUAUUUAAUUGGAUUAUGGAUACAAGUAAUGUUAUAUUGUUAAAGAUAGAGGUUGCGAUAUCUUUCUUGUAUAGGUACCCAUAUGUGUAGGACUUUGUUUCUUAUUUCAGUAAACACCUGAAGUGUCACUGUCCAAAAAAUCACAAUUUUCACAGAAAUAAGUCAUACAUACACAUUCAAAAUGUACUUAUAAAACCACUAUCUGAAGUUUAAAUAUGUAGAUUUACAUGCAAUUUGAAUAAAUUUAUCGAAAAAGUUUUAAUUGUGUAAAGAGAUUUAUAAACUACAUAAUCAGCGUACAUGUACAAGAAGAAACUGAACCUCUCUGUAAUAUCUUCAGUUUUGGUACAUUUUUACCUAAAACUGGUUGAAUUUCUGAAAGUUUUCAUUUUUUUCAGAGGUACCAGUUUCUUUUUAUUCUUUGAGGUCAAAGGGAUUGACCACCAGCCUAAAGUCAGAAUUUUCUAAUUUUGAAAACAUUUGAAUAUGUCUAAGAGAGCAUUUAAACUCAUAAAUUGUGAAAGACAGUUCUAUUCUUGCUUUAUUACAGCAGGCUAAAAAAAAAUUUUUAAAUGCUUAGAAUUUGUUAAUUCAAUAUUUUGGGGUUUUUUGUUUUUGUUUUUUGUUUACAUUUUCUAUAAAUGAAAAUGUAAUCAAAAUUUUUGGGGUAAAAAUACUGCAAUUUGGAGGCUUCCCCAAGAAAGGACUUUAUUAUAAGAUAUAAAACACAUGCAAAGUACAUAUUCUUUAUCUUAAAGGAAAUUAAAUGGCAUGUAAAGGAGAAGAAAUAAGUUUUCAUUUUUUUAACAAAACCUGAUUUUUAAAUGCAUUGUAAAAGAUUUUGAAUGUUAAAGACUGUUAUAGCAAAAGAAGCAGCCCCUUUUUUCUCCACAGUUUGAAGCAAACCAUUUUCAUUUAUCCAAUGUCAAGAUAUUCAAGUUGUCAUGUGAAAAAGGAUCACCUGGCCGCAGCUUUUAAGUUUCUUAUUUAAAGCAGAUAUUAUCUUAUUGGUUAGGAAUGGUAUUUUUGCAUCUGUCUAUUGGCAUUAUUGAUCAAUUUCAACAUUUGCUUUUACUUCUACAUACUUUUAUCUAGAAAAUAUCUUAUGUUAGGAUAUAUUGAUAAUUGGUAGAAAUUUAGAGCAAGUGCUCCCAUUUUGGCAGCAGUAUAACAAAUUUAUAAUAUAGUGAUUCAAGAAUAAAAUCGAGUACUUUUAGAAAACUGUUGCCAUUACUAAGGAAUAGCAACAUUUAUGUUCUCCAAAAGUAAAAGCCGGUCCUCUUUUACAUGACCGACAUCGCAGUUCUUCAGUUCACAUACAGAUCUUUUCUCAUUGCCAUCUUGUUUCCUAACGAUAAUUGUACAUGUAUGUCCCCUUCAUAUUUUAAUUUGAAUCAUCCUUUCUUACUAAACAUUUCAGAAUUUAGAAUCAACUAUUCUUGAAAAAAGGAAAGUGAAAAGUAAUGCUUAGGAACAUAUCAUAAUGGACCCAACUGAAGUUUGAUAAACAAAAAGAAAAAGAUAAUUUUAUAAUUGCAAUUGCAAGAUAUUGUAUUUUCUCCUUUUUACUAUGAUAUUGUUAAAUGAAAAAUGAACCUAUCACAUCCACACCCCUACAGAUGGUCUGACUUUUUUUCCACAGCCAAUAUUACAAUUAUUUGACAGAAGAAAAUAGAAACAGUGGAUAGAAAGUAAAUAUCUCCCUAUUUGACUAAAACCAAUGGCUACAGUUGGGCCCAUGUUGAAAAUCGCAUCUUUGGCAGCUAUUUCCCACAAAAUCAGGUUUAAAUACAUUCAUUACCAGUAUCACUCAGUAUUUUUAGGCGAACCUCAUUCAUAUGAUAUUACAGAUCUUGUUCCAUUACACGUCUAUAAAUAGCGUUGUACUGUGUAAAGUUCUAUUGCAAUUGCGACAGGACUAUUUAUAUUUGAAUAUUAAUUGAUAAUGAAAAUGUUUCAUCAUCUCUCUACCUCAAACAAUAAAUAUUGUCAUGUUGAAA